ACCGAGAGAGAAGCACGAUGUCUGAAUUCAGAAGGAUCAUGAUGUCUUCAUUCCUGAUGCUGCUGCUCCACUUUCCAGAUUUGAAAGGUUACUCCCUCACUGUCAGACCUGGAGAUGAAGUCACUUUGCCUUUUGACAAUGUGAUAGAUGAUCAGGAUAAGUGUGAGAGUACUGAGUGGAGCUUCAGACAUUCAAGAAGCUCAGGAGUGACGCUGUUUAAAGAUGGACAGAUUCACAAAGAAGCCAAAGCUAAAUCAGACAGACUGAGAGUUACACAGAAUUGUUCUCUGGUUAUAAAGAAGGUCACAGAGGAGGAUGCUGGUCUUUACGGCUGCAGACAGUUCAGAUCAGGAGAACAACAAGGUUCAGCCUCUGUGGUUUAUCUGCGUGUUGUUACCAUGACUGAACAUCAGGACAAUGAUGAGGUGACGUUAAACUGCUCUGUGGAGACAUUUGGACGGUGUGAUCAAACAGUGAAGUGGCUGCUUCAGGGUCAAGAUGUGGUUAAAGAUCACAGAGAGAUAAAGACAUCACAGUCUUCCUGCUCUGCCUCUGUGACAUUUCUGACUUCUCUCUUUAGUUACACAUCAAGGUCUGAGUUGUUUACUUGUAAAGUAACUGAUGAGCUCACAGGAGACGUACAGGUGUUUCCCUUCAGCGAUCAGUCCUCAGGAGAUGCUACAACAACUGGAACACCAACAAUUCAUGAAUGGACAUCUGAAAACAACAACAAAGAAAAAGGACCAGCUGUGUGGUGGGUCAUCAUGGUGUCUGUGGGGUUAGCAGCUCUCAUCAUCACCGUGGUUACAGUCCUCAUCUGGACCAGAGCUAAAGGGGACAAAAAACGGAUGACAAAAAAUCUCGAGCAGAAUGAUGAAGAUGAAGAUGAAGAUGAGGUGAACUAUGAAAACGAUGGAUGGGCUUCUACCUCUGUGUGACUGAUCAACAACAUCAACUCCCCUCAGAGUCCAUGCUGUCAAACAUCACCUCCUCAUAUUCUACAGGAGAAAACAGGAGAACCAUGAGAUCAUUGGAACAUUUCUGAUGACUGAGAACACCUGAGCAGUGUUCAUUUUGGCAGCUAUUUUUGAUUUAGUCUUUAGACAAAAAUGGUUAUUAGCUUUAGUCACAUUUUAGUCCUUUUUGUCCUUCAAAG